GCAGAAGAAUCCAGGCCGGAUUACACGGAUUCCAAACUCAACAUUGUACAACCACGCAAAAAUGAGCAGGAAUCCACACACAAACCGUUCGUUACGUUCUUUAUCAACUCCAAUUCAGCAUUUCUUUAUCCGCUUUGUCAACUCCAAUUCAGAAUUUCUUUAUCGGCUUUGUCAACUCCAAUUCAGCAUUUCUUUAUCCGCUUUGUCAACUCCAAUUCAGAAUUUCUUUAUCCGGAUUUACAUUUGCUGGAUUGGGUGUCUGUGGGUCCUCUUUUCGAGUGAAGUACAAUUUGGGUUCUUUAGUUCUAGGGUUUUCAGUCUUGAUUGAAGGGGAGAACUCUGUUUGCUGAGAAUGAUGGCUUCUCCUGCUGCUGCUGCACCUCUUCCAUCACAAAAGGAGCUUGAGGAGAUGCUCAUUGAGUCUGGAAUUGAGCUCUCUACACCUCCUUCAUCCACUGGCGAGCUUCUCAGCCUCCUUGAAAAAGCUGAAUCAGAACUGAAGAGCAUAGGGCAAGACCCUUCAGUGUCGAUGAGAAAUGUACUUGAGCCAAUUAAAAAAGCGCUGAUUGAAACGAAACUUCUGAGACAUUCUGAUAAAAUCAUUGAGGUUUCUGUUGCAUCUUGUAUCUGUGAAAUUAUAAGAAUAUCUGCACCCGUUCUACCCUAUGAUAAUAUAGAAAUGGAGGUCGUUUUCCAUCAGAUUAUAGCAUCCCUUGAAAAGUUAUAUUUCAUUGAUAGUAACUACUAUAGUAAGGCCCUGAGAGUUCUUGAAGCGGUUGCGAAGUACAGGUUGUGUGUGAUGCUAUUGGAUUUUGACUAUGUGUUAGCUGUUAACGUUUUCCAACUGUUUCUCAAAAUCAUCAGCUUCAACCAUACCAAUGCUGUGUUAAGAUACAUGGUAGACAUCAUGUCUCAGCUCAUAGAAGAAAGAGAUGAAGUCUCACUAGAUUUUCAAGUUUCCAUUCUUGAUAGCCUCAGAAAGGAAACUCUGGCUACUGCACCUUGUUCAUCGAUAUUGGGAAGCGAAGUCUUGGAAAAGUGUGCUGCCAAAUUGAAGCCUUGUCUUUUAGAAUUAAUGACAAAUAUGAACAUGAAUUUGGAUGAUUAUUCUAAAAUACUUGGCUCAAUAUUGCAUGAAGUUCCUGAGGGAGAAAAGAUGGUGGAAAAUGCUGGUUCUGUACCACCUGUAGAAGGAACAUCUGCUCUUCAACUUCCUCAGGUACCACUACUGGAUGCCACUCAAACAAUGAAUAACAAUAACAAUAACCUGGAACUUGGAAAUCUUGGAGCUCAUUGGACAUUAAUGCAACUUCAAUUGUGUUAACUUUGCCAGCUGUAACUGGAAAGGAGUCUGUGACUAAGCCUGAUGUGUUAGCCCCCAGCAGCACAAAAAGUCCUUGCAAAAGGGGCCAACCAAAGAAGAAUCAGACAGAUCUCACCGUGCAAAAGAGAUAUGAAGGGACUAGGUCUGCCCAGAGAAAACUUAAAGAAAAGGAUUCUAAAAAGCUUCAUACUAUUAAAGAUUACGGAAAAGAGUUGGUAGGGGCUAAAGUCAAAGUCUGGUGGCCCCGGGAUAGAAGGUUUUAUGAGGGAGUGAUUUCUUCUUUUAACCCUAAGACGGAAAAGCACAAGGUCAUAUACAUUGAUGAUGAUGUAGAAAUCUUGAAUCUCAGAUGUGAGCGCUGGGAAUUGCUUGAAGAGGUUCCAGUCAAAGAAGUGAGUUAAAUCCUACGUUGUACAUUAUCUAGUUAGCAAGCUAUGAUUUCUUGAAGAGGUUCCAGUCAAAGAAGGGCGUGUAACUGACUGACUUUGCUUUCUGAUUGAGUAAAGAGGAAGAGGAAGGGAGAUAAGGACGCCGUCGUUUUACUUUUUUUAAAAAAUCAUUUUUAAUUGCCGUUAGUUACGUAAACAUAUGUUCAUAAUUUUAUAAUUUCACAUUCUGAAUGUAUAGUUAUGAAGUUAUGGAUGUGUAGUUAUGCAAUUCUGAAUGUAUAGUUAUGAAGUUAUGGAUGUGUAGUUAUGCAAUUCUGAAUGUAUAGUUAUGAAGUUAUG